AUGGAGACUGAGGCAUACGCUCUACAUCCUGGUUCACGAGUCCUUGUCACUGGAGCAAAUGGGUACAUCGGUUCUCAUGUUGUCGACACGUUGUUGAAACUGGGUUACCCAGUUCGAGGCACAGUUCGUACACAAAAGUCGUGGUUGAAUGAAUAUUUCAACGAGAAGUAUGGUGCAGGUGUCUUUGACACGGUUGAGAUUGAAUCCUUCGAUGACCAGGGCAAGAUUGAGAGUAUCCUAGAAGGUAUUGACGGAAUUAUUCAUGUGGCAUCCGACGUCACAUUUUCCAAUGAUCCUCAUGCUGUCAUUCCAUGGGUCACUCAGGCAAUAAAAAAUAUUCUGGAAGCUGCUGCUAAAACUCCAAGCAUCAAACGUGUUGUGCUGGUAUCUUCGUCCAGCACAACUAAUCUUCUCUAUCCUGAUCCUCGAGGUCGAGAACUUCAUCAAGAUAAUUGGAACCAAAGAGCAGUGAAAGCCGCAUGGAAUGAAUCAACCCCAGAAAACGAAAGACGAAUGGCAAUAUACGCUACAUCGAAAAUCGAAGCAGAAAAGGAGGCGUGGAAGUGGAUGGAGAGUCAAGAACGGACAUUCGAGUUUAACACGGUCUUGCCAUGCGUUACAGUUGGGAAAAUCCUCCACCCGGAAAUAUCUGGCUCGUCCAUGGGUUUUCUACGCAAACUACUCGUGGGAGAUACUAUGGCAUUUUCAUUUCCCGAACAGUGGUACGUCGACGUCGAGGACGUUGCCAAACUCUGCGUUGUUGGUCUUCUAGACGAAGGUGUGAAAUCGCAACGAAUAUUUGCGUUCGGGGAACAAAUGAAUUGGUCCGAUGUAAUACAGAUUCUUCGCGAAUUGCGACCUGAAAAUACCCUAAUUCCAGAUUCGCCCGAGGAUGAAGUACGAGAUAGGACAGAGGUUCUUCCACGGACAAGAGCUGAGAUUUUACUUCGUGGGUUCUUCGAGCAGUCCGAUUUCACUCCUGUGAAGGAAAGUAUUGCAAAGGGCAUUGAAGAUUUGGAUUGA